AAAGGAUGGUAUAUAUAAGUUUCUUUCUUCUUCUUUUUCUCUGCGUGGCUUGAAAAUGGUGUGCUUUUGUUUCCUGGUGGACCAAAGGCGGAAGCUGACGAGCAGCAAGCCGGUAGCCGGGAUGUGCUCUCGAUGCGGCCGAGGAGCGAGCAUCGGGGACAUGAAAACGGUCACCCGGUUUUGUUAUGUUCCGUUUUAUUGGAGGUCUUGGAAAGCUAUAAUCUGCACAUUUUGUGGAGCUGUUCUUAAAUCUUACAGAUGAAGUUCAAAGCUUUUCUCUUCUCUUC